CACACAUUGAACAUUCUUAUCCAUGAUAAGAAUGUUAAAAUUUCAGAUUUUGGACUUUCAAAAAAUCUUAAUAGCACAGUAGCAACUAGUAGUAAGGGAUUUUAUGGAGUAAUCCCUUUUAUUGAUCCUCGUAAACUUGAAAACCCACAAUAUCCAUAUGAUAAAAAGUCUGACGUAUACAGCAUUGGAGUGGUGAUGUGGGAGAUUUCCAGUAAUGGGCAACCCCCAUUUAGUCAAAGCAGUUGUAACAAUCCUCUUGGUCUCCUACUUAAAAUUACUACAGGGUCACGUGAAAAGCCAAUCGCAGGGAUCCAAAUAAACGUCCCUUGA